GUGUUUCCAGCUGGCACUUCCUCGUUCCCGCGCGCCCCAGGCUCAGCUCGCAACGCCCAGCGCCUGGCGCAGCUCAGGAGGGAGGGGACCAGAGGAGAGAUGUCGCAACCGCUUCCCUCCCUCUUUCCCCGCCUUGGCACUCAGUCACCUCCCAGAUGAGCACACUCUCAGACGGCUGAGGGCUUCGGGGUGCCGGGUAUGUCCCUUGAGUGCGCGCAGGCAGCGUGCACUGGGCCCGCGCGCAGCCUGGAGAGCGCCAACCGCACCCGUUUCCCGUUCUUCUCCGAUGUCAAGGGCGACCACCGACUGGUGCUGAGCACCGUGGAGACCGUGGUGCUGGCACUCAUUUUUGUGGUGUCGCUGCUGGGCAACGUGUGCGCCUUGGUGCUGGUAGCGCGCAGACGGCGCGGUGGCACCACCGCCAGCCUGGUGCUCAACCUCUUCUGCGCGGACCUGCUCUUCACCAGCGCCAUCCCACUCGUGCUGGCUGUUCGCUGGACGGAGGCCUGGCUGCUGAGCCCCGUUGCCUGCCAUCUGCUCUUCUACGUGAUGACCCUAAGCGGUAGCGUCACCAUCCUCACGCUAGCGGCUGUCAGCUUGGAGCGCAUGGUGUGCAUUGUGCACCUUCAGCGCGGCGUGCGGGGCCCGGGGCGGCGGGCGCGGGCAGCCCUGCUCGCUCUCAUCUGGGGCUAUUCAGCGCUCGCUGCGCUGCCUCUCUGCAUCUUCUUCCGCGUAGUCCCCCAGCGGUUCCCGGGCGCAGACCAGGAAAUUCCGAUUUGCACACUGAUUUGGCCCAGUGUUGCUGGAGAAAUCUCCUGGGAUGUGUCGUUUGUUACUUUGAACUUCUUAGUACCAGGACUACUUAUUGUGAUCAGUUACUCCAAAAUUUUACAGAUCACCAAGGCAUCAAGGAGGAGGCUAACAAUGAGCCUGGCUUACUCCGAGAGCCACCAGAUCCGCGUGUCCCAGCAGGACGUCCGGCUCUUCCGCACCCUCUUCCUGCUCAUGAUCUCCUUCUUCAUCAUGUGGAGCCCGAUCAUCAUCACCAUCCUCCUCAUCCUGAUCCAGAACUUCAAGCAAAACCUGGUCAUCUGGCCGUCCCUCUUCUUCUGGGUGAUGGCCUUCACCUUUGCCAACUCAGCCGUCAACCCCAUUCUCUACAACAUGUCACUGUUUAGGAAUGAAUGGAGGAAGUUUUUUCACUGCUUCUUCUUCCCAGAAAAGGGAGCCAUGUUUACAGACACGUCUGUCAGAAGAAAUGAUCUGUCUGUUAUUUCCAGCUAGUUAAUUUUUGUCUAUCGGCAUCUAUUUGUCACUCUCUGGCAAGCCCUGGUAUGUUUUCAAAGGGAGCGACUUUCCAGGACCAUUGCACCCGUGUACCUGCUUUAAGAAAAUGUAACCUCUGCAACUAUACAUUUUCAGCACCAGUAAAUUAAGGGAUGAGCAUUCAGAUAACAAUUUUAUCCUUUAUAAAAGGAUUUGCUGUGGGUUCCUUUUUUAAUAUGAACUUUUUUGGUGUGUUAGUAAUAUGAUUGAAUUUAAUAAAUUUUUAUUUAUAACCGUUCA